ACGCGAUGGUGGAUUGACAAGACGCGCUUGAGCUCAGCGCCGCGUUUUGCAGCCAGCUCCUGAUCCCGACGGCGCAGAGGCGGGGCGGAGAAUUGCUGCAGUACCUAUUUUGGAACAUCGCUUGCUGCUAUUUUGAAUCUUUUGCUGCGCACCUUUCUCCCUGCUUUGCUUCUUGGCCUGCUUCUCAAUGGCGUCGACGCCCAUUUCCUCGGACCUCGACGACACGGCAUUCGAUCCUGCCCACCCGUUCCAUGGUAUCGUGGUAUGCUGCACGAGCAUUGCGCCGGAACAACGGUCCGAUCUUGCCGCCAAAACCCACGAGCUCGGUGGGUCUCACAAGUACGAUCUUACGCCCGAUGUCACGCACCUUAUCGUUGGCGAGUACGACACCCCGAAAUACCGCCAUGUCGCCAAGGAGCGACCCGAUAUCAUGCCAAUGGCCGCCGGCUGGAUCCAGGCCGUGAGGGAUCUGUGGACCAAGGAUGCCCCAAUCAAAUUCAAGGAGCUCGAGAAGGCCUGGCGUCUCAAGACGUUCGAGACGGAUGGGAACCUACACAGCUCGUCUGUGGCAUCCAUCAACGACCGUGGGAGGCUGUUGAUAUGUUUGACUGGGUUCGACGACGCCCAAGAGCGCCAGGAGAUAACCGAGACGGUGACAGCCAAUGGAGGGGAGUACACAGGAGACCUGACACGUAAGGUCACGCAUCUUGUCGUCAACCGCCCCGAGGGUAGGAAGUACGCGGCCGCAAAGACAUGGGGCAUCCACACCGUGUCCAUCGAAUGGAUCCGCGAUAGCGUCGAGCGCGGUAUGAUCUUGGAUGAGCUGCGGUACGAUCCUCUGCUGCCCCCUCGGGAGCGCGGAGUAGGCGCCUGGAACCGGCUUCAGGCCAAGCGGGCCGCGCUUGGGAAACGGCCGCGGGAGGGGUCUAGUGCGGCGGGCGCGGCUGAUGCGGCCGACGACCGGAAGAGAAAGCUGCGGCGGACGGCAAGCCAAAAGCUAGCCACCCAGCGCGCCGGUUUGUGGGGGGACAUUCUAGGGGAACAGCAGGGCCAACAGCAGGCCCCCACGGCCGAGCCGGCUGGCCAGCCCAAGAGGGAGAGCAGUGCAGACGCUGCCAGCAGUAGGUCUGUAUCUCGUCAGGGAUCCACGGUAGCCAAUCAACCCCCUGGUGGUAAAAACCCCCCUUCGACGGCGGCUGGUCAAGCCACCCAUGCCACACAGGAGGCACCUAAGGCACCUGAGCCCAGCCGAUUGAAUCUCGCUGCCGACAGCCCCGCGUUCCAUUCGUGCGUCUUCCAUAUACAUGGAUUUAGCUCGCGCCAUGCCGAGAUCCUCGUCAACACUGUUCUCUCCCUGGGCGGCCAGACUGUCUCGACCCUUGACGAGCUUGCGGCUGCGCAGGCUGUCGGCCCGUCCGCACACGGGAUCCUCAUCGUUCCACAAGAAUCGCAGCCCGAGACACACCCACAACUUCCUACCGGCGUCGAGAUGGUGACUGAAUUCUUCAUUGAGCAGUGCAUGCACAAGCGGCGGUUUUGCCCCCCAAGUGAGCACGUCAUUGGCCGCCCGUUCCCGCGCUUCCCCAUCGUGGGAUUCGAGACGCUCGGCAUCUCCACCUCGGGCUUCACGGGCCCAGACUUGAACCAAGUGGACAAGGCCAUCCGGCAGCUGGGUGCGCGGUACGACGAGCGCUUCACGCCCAAAGCCUCGCUCCUAGUUUGCACGUCGGUAGAGGCGAUCCGGAAGCAGAAGCUCGAGAUGGCGCUAGCUUGGAAGGUGCCUGUCGUCAAGGCCGAAUGGCUGUGGGAGUGCAUAUCGACCGGCUUCAAGGUGCCUUUCAGAGACUUUUUGUUCCCGGAGCUCAAGCAGAGCCUGACACCCCCAGAGACCCAAGUGGCCACGUCCGGCACAGGUCUCAGUAGAGAAAGGCUCUCUGAGCGGCUGUCUAGAGAGGAAAUGAUGUCUGCACCUGCACCUGCGUCUGUAUCUACUUCAUCGGAUUUGAGACGGCGGCAGGGACAGAAGGCCACGAUCAACCCCAUCGACACGAGCGCAUUCGAUAACGAAGGCAUCGAGGCCGCCGGACCAGGACCGAGGACUACGUUGCCGGCGAGAACGGCAAAAGCGAAAGACUCUGUGCAAACGACAACUCCCGGCACGGUAACGACGAGACAGGAUCAACAAGAUAGCGACUCCGGCGCAGUAACAGCCGCGAGGAGCCGAGAUAACUCUGCGCCUCUAUCCCAGGUGGGCUCGAACGCGCUGAACAAAUCGACUUCGCCAAAAACGCACGACGAACAACCACUGGCCCCCGACGAGCCCUCAAAACCCUCGACAACAGCUCCCGCGCGCAAGGGGCUUGGCAGGAUACUGAGCGAGGUGGCAGACUCUGAAGCCCCGGACUCGUCGAGGGAACAGACGCCCGAGGUCGAGUCGGAGCCGCAGCGGGCAGAAAGUCGCAAGCCGCGGGAUGCACGUCCGCUCAAGCCCGACGUCCAACAUUCCAUGUCGAACCAGCUGGCAAGCUUGCUUGACGGCACCGCCACGACGACCGGGCUCGGCGCCGAGGGCGACGGCGGCAGCAGCAGCGGCAACGCGCGACGGCGGAAGCGCGGCAUCUUCGGGCGCGCCGUCUCCAACGUCUCGGCCGGGUCGGACGGCAGCGGGUCGGUCCACGGCGGGCUUGGCAGCGGGCCGCGCGACUCGCUCGUCCCCGUGGUCCGGGAGGACGACGAGGACGACAAGGAGGCCGAGCGGCCGCCGCCGUCGACGGAGCUGGUCUAUGACGCGCCGCAGUCCGAGUACUUUAGGGCUCUGUUGAGGACCGGCGGCGCGUCCGGGACGGUGAGCGACGGCGGCGACGGCGAGAAGCUGACGCUCAAGGACCUGCAGCAGCAUCAGCAGGCCGCGGCAGCGAUGGGGACCAGGGGUGCUAGUUCUUCAAGGAGGUUGCGGCACAGAUAAGGGAGGGGGGCAUGUUUUCUCGCUUCUUAUUUCGGAUACCUCGAGCGGGCGAUAUUUUCACAUGAAAGGGAUAUGGAGUUUUGGGCAGCAUUUUCACACACCGGCAGCAUGUUUGGAUCUUGUGUGUCGUAAUAAACCGUUGGGAUAUGUGCUUAGUGCCGCAAAGGCGUUUGUUCAUGUUAGAAGGCAUGGGAUAGGAAAUAAGAGUCCUUGUAUUUGUCUACAGAAUGAGAUUGUUGUCAAC